GAUGGAGGCGAACAGUCAGACUGCAUCACAUUGUUACUCUCAUUGGUUUUGAAAACGUGUUCUGAGACCACGGGGAGACUUGGAAGAACUCUGAGCUGUUAGUGAAUUGAAUAAAGCAGCAGAGAAGAGAGAAACAUGGCUGUGGAGCCCGAGUGUCGCCGGUCCAGUUGGACCAAUGUGGUGUGAGUCAAGUUCAUGAGGACUAUGUGAGAGUGUGAAUGUUCAUGAUCUGGAGGUCUACAUUCUCCUCAGAGAGCUCAGUGCCAUAGCAGUGAAAGAACCAGGACGUUGUUCAACACGUGGUUCAGUCAAUUCUACAAACUUUGUGCACACCAGAGUCACGGGGAGAACUGUUGCAUGGAAUAUUAAAAAGAAAUGGACACCGGGACAGUGUCAGGGUUUUGACGCACUCACUGCUGGAAUGGAGCUGAAAGGCAGCGGGCGGUGAGCAGCAGCAGCAGCAGCAGCAGCAGCAGCGGUUGCAGUUGCGUCUGCAACACCAACAUGCAUCGGAUCCUGCAGAGGAGGCGAGUGCGCAAGCUGCGCGUCCUCUGGGCGUCCCUGGCCCUGGUGGCGCUGUCUCUGGCCGCCUGCAGCGCACUCUUCACGGCGUGGACCUGGAGGCAGACGCGGGACCUGUCCCAGUCCUUCAAGAUCCUGCAGGAGCGUUUGGAGCAGGUCAACACUCAGAGGAAGGCCAUCGUCCAGCUCAUUCUGGAGAAGAGAGAGCUGCUGGUGGGACACAGAGUGAAGAGAGACGGGGGGACGUUUCGGGGGAAAAAUGGAAACGGGAAGAAGGCAGCGUCUCAUUUCGAGAUCACCAAGGACUCCUCUCAGAACGUGGGAGAAGGCGGCGUGAUUAAGGGUUGGGAGGAGCGGACGUUGAAUAUGACCAAGGCGGUGAAGUACAACAAGGAGCUGGGAACCUUCACCGUGGAGAAGGCAGGCGUUUACUUCCUGUUCUGCCAGGUGUUGUUCAAUGAGCAGCAGACUCCGUAUGUGAAGCUGGACGUGGUGACCUCAGGUCAGCGGCCUCAGAAGCUGCAGUGCAUAGAGGGCUAUGCCACCACGCCCUCUGCUGGACCGCACCACUUCCACUUCGUCAAGUCCUGCCAGGUGUCCGGUCUCCUGCGGCUGGACAGAGGCACGGAGCUCCAGGCCGUCACAGGCCCGUCCUUCAGUCUCCACAGGGUGGGAGGUCCUUCGGCCUCGCCUCACGUCUUCAGUAUCUUCAAAGUCAACUGAGCUCGGGCCGGGAACUGGUCUCAGUAGAAACAGAACUUUUUGACAUUGUGUGGAUGAGAUUUCUGUUCCACGGCAUCCUGUCCUGCUAUGACCACUUCCUGAAUUCACAAGACAGACCUGAUGUUUGUGGAAGACACUUUUUUUCUCUCUUCUGGAUGGAUCGCUGAUUUGGAAUGAAAGACAAAAACUUAACUCGGAUUUUAAUCCGGAGCCUCCGGUGGACAAAAGGCCUCAGUGAAUGUCUGACACCAGAAAUAUCCAAAAUGGACGUCAUUCGUUAGUCUCCUUCCAGUAUCUUCUGAUUAAAAGGAUGUUACAUGAUGUUUCCUGAGCUCCAAGACUGGUCAGACAGGGAUCUGAUCUGAAAUGGACCCAGAUCUGGACCGUCAUCGGACGAUCAGACAUGUUUUUGGUCCAGUAUCACCUGCAGGGUGAACAUAGUUUAAAAGAAGGACAAAAUAGUUCUCCAUCCAAAGUUUGGAAGUAACUCUGUGAGACUGGAGUCCACAAGAACCCAAGGUUGUGAGAUGAUCUAAAGUGUUGGUCAACAUGGACGAGGAGCUCAGAGUCGCAUUAAGUGGAAAACAGAUGGUAAAAAAAGGCAGGAAGUUGGACAUAUGAAGUGACAGCAGAGAUUAAAGGGAUUAGAAAAACACUCAACAGAAUUAGUUUCUGGUACAAAGAAUAGAACAAUCGUCAGUUAAAGAAGAAGAAGAACAUCUUUGACCUUGACCUUUCAGCAGGGGUCACCACAGCAGUGGGCCACCUAGUGGUCUUUACAUCAAAAUGUGCAAGAAACUGGCUGGACUCAAACCCAAAAUCUCUGCACAACAGGUUACCCACUUGACAAAGGCACAGUGCUAAAAUGCUAAAUGCUAGUACACCAGCAACACAACUACAGUCCUACACAGUAACUGUGGUACCGUUCUUGUCAAUCAGACCAUUAGCUGUGAUUAUUAGUUGCCUUGGAACUCUCUUUUCCUACACAAGCCAGCCUUUUCUGUAAUCAGAACCGGAACAUAUUUUCUUAUUUGUACUCAUUUUUGUCGUUCCUUUACUGCAGAGUUACUUCCAAAAAACAGUUAUUAUUUUUUUUCCCAGGUCCAAAGUGCUGCGUCCAUGUCUUGUUUCUGGUCUAUGAUCCUGACAGCAUCGGCUUCAAUCCACCUGUGUCCUGACAAUGUGUGUGUGUGUGUGUGUGUUUGUAGAAUCAAACCUUGGUGUAAAUACAACUUCUUUGAUACCUUUAUCAUUUCACCACGUUGUUUGGAGUUUUUUAAAUACUUUGUAUAUAGUACUUUUACACAUAUUUUGUACAAGAGUAUGUGUGCGGUAAGAUGCUAGCAGAGAGCGGCGCGGAUGUGAAUCUUUUCAAAUGUAUGUGUAUAUUUUUAAUACAUACUGUAUGUUAACUUGGCUUUAAAGUCUGUACAAAGUAACACAUGUGUACAGCUUUGAAAUAUACCUUUGUCUACUUGACCCUGUCUUUCAUGUCUUAAACACCACCAGUGUUCAACACCACCGUUGUCAUGACGACAGGAAACAGGCAGAGAAAAAAACGAGUCGCGCACAUGAAUCGGUUUGUGGCACAAACUUGGUUGGUUCACUGGUCUGAAUAAUAAUAGAAUACUGAGUCUAAGAAAAGGCCUUUGUUUUUGUAUCUGCUGGAUUCAACAAUAAUCAGCAUAAAAAAUCAACACAAGAGAGCUAAAAGUUAGCCUAGGUAAUCUAAGGUUAGCUCAGAGAGACAACCACAGGUUAGCUAAUAACAUAUUACAGUAAGAACAAUCAUCCAAGACAUAAGUAAAAUGAACCCUUAUAUGAUUAGCAGUUAGCCAUUAGGAAGCUAAAUCCAACCAAAAAAACCCAGCCAAAAUAUAAUUAAGAAUUAGCACAUUUAGAGUGAAGUGAACAUAAAAUGUCAUCAAAACUAGCUUAAAGUUGACCUACACACAGACCAAAAGCUAAGCAAUAAAAAGACCAGAUUUAGCCAUAAUAAGGCUAAAAGUUAGCCCAAAAUAUAGCAAUAUAAGGGCAGUAUAAUAAAAAAGAAUCCAAAAUCAGAGAACAGGAGGAUAAAGGUUAGCCCAUAUACAAUAAUAAAAAUGGGAUAAAUGGGCCUAGCAUUAGCCCAGAGAAGCUAAAAAAGUCAGAGAACUUGAAUAACAGUUAAAGUUAACAGACAAAAAUAUCAGAAAUCGUUUCAGGGCCACAGAAACCUUUCCUCCGUCUUCUUUCUGCUGCAGCUGCUUUCCGUCAUAUUCCUCUGCAACAAUACACAAACAGUGUGUAUUUUUUGCAGCCGUGGGUUCAAACUCCCACUGCUGUGUUUAUAAGUAGUUUCUGAGGCUUUGUUGGUUUUUUUUUUUGCUCCCAGCUCCUGACUGCACAGAUGGCACUCACUAUUUUUUUAAUCUCCGCUGCCAAACUGUCAUGUUUUUAAAAAGUGUGCAGACAUUCACAUAUCCUGCUCCAUUUCCUCCUUUUCCUCUUCCCCUUUGUGACUCCCCCGCCACCUCCACGUCCACAUGCACCUCAUAUUUCCCUGUCAGCACCCUCUCUCUCUCUCUCUCACACACACACACACACACACACAUAGCAGCAGACAUCUAAAUUUUCACUUCCUGAAUCUGAACCUGAACCACAUUGCUCAAAGUCUUUGAGGAAAAACAUGCCUCCUCUCUCCUCCUUCUCUCCUUACUUCUCCUCCUCACCGUCUCUCCCCCACACACUUGAGUCCUUUUUUUUUUUCUUUCAAAGCCUCGAUGACAAAGUUUAUUACCACCUCGGAAAAUCUCCUCGACUCUCAAGUUUUUUUUGGCUUUAAAUGAUGAUGUGUGCCUGUUCUGCACAUUUAUUUUUAUUAUUUCUUCUCAACUCACUCAUCAUAAAUGUUGAAUAAACCUUUCUGUUGUCUUUGGAAAGUUGGACUUUAUAACAAAAGCUUAUGUAAGUGUGAGCAGAAAAUUUAUAGUGAGUUAUCACAACGGACAACGGACAGACAAAAACAGAGACAAAAAUAGACUGAAACGGCAAAAGAUAAGAAGUUAGGCCAGAAAUAACUGCAGCGAAGUAGUAAUGAAGCAACAGAGCUGAAGAUUUGGCCUCAAACAAGACACACUGUUGACACACAGUGGAUCAGAGAUAACAAUCAGAAUAACAACAGCACUGAGAACUGUUUAAAAACAUUAGCCAAAGCUAAAAGAAAAGGUGUGAAAUGUAGCACUGGAGAUCAAAAUAAUCCAAAUGUUGGUUCAAGUUUACUGGCACCUCAUCUUUUGAAUACAAUUUGAAAUAAUUAGUAAAUGAUUUCUGUAUCGCUCUUGAUGUAAUAUGGUGUAUUUUCUGGGCUAACUUUUAGCUUCCCAGUCUGAUAAAUGAUGACGCGUUGAUAUCAUUGAGUUUUUAUUAAAAACAAAAACAAUAAAAGAAAAAAAAAAAACCAAACAAAUAAAGAGGAUCCAUCAUCAUCAUCGUCAUCAUCAUCAUCAUCAUCAUGGACACUGUUUUGAUGCCGCUCAUAAUUUGAUCGGCAUCACCACAUGAACACAAUUACACGAAUUGUUAAGAAAAAAAAAACAAUCUGGAAAGACAAAGGUCAAAGGUCAAAGCAAAAGUGGCAAUAAAAAAGGACUAAGUGCUCGAUGUUGACGUAACAUUUUAGUUGAGGGAUUGUAAAAAACAAUGUUGAGAAACAGGGACUCUUGGCUUUUUCCUGGAGAAACAACAGGACAUUUCUGAACUGAGAGCAGCUUCGGAGCAGGAUGGUUAUUAUUAAGGCCAUUUCUCUAAUGAGACCAUGGAUAGAAAUGAACGUCCAGCCUCGGAUUUGGACCUAAAACUGAUUAAAUACAUUGUUUCUGCUCACAGAAGCAUUAAAGGUUACAUAUGGCCUAUGGUACCUACCUACCUAUAUAUAUAUAUUUAUAUAUAUAUAUAUAUUUAUAUGUAUAUUUAUAUGAAUACUGUAUGGCGUUGGCAAGCCCAAACUCUAAAAUGUAAGACAGGAAAAAACAUGUUUUCUUGUUAUAUAACGUACGUAUCUAACUCUGAAGUUUUUGACACUUCUUCGUUUGCGUUUUCCUUGAAAUCGUAGGACAAAUGUGAGCAGAGAAUACGCAUCGCAAAAGAGGAGCAACUCCUCUUCAUGGUUCGUUACAAAGAAAGAAAAACAAUAAAACCAAUGUGUUGGUAGAAGCUCUUUCUGGAACAGAGAAUAUGGUAACAAGGAGGAGGAGGAGGAGGAAGAGGAGGAGGAGGAGGAGCAGGACAGGAAGGACCAUACAGAGGAGUA